AUGACUCAUUCCUCUUCACUCUUCUCACCGAAUAAUCAUAUUCGACAUUCUCACUAUCUCCAACCCGAGACCAACAACCUCGUAGCUCCUCAACCUCCAACAAGCUUCGGUAGAAGUAACGGAUUUCUGAAGAAGAUACCUUCAGUCUUGUUCAACAAGGAGAGAACGCCAAUCAAGAGCAAGUCGAGUAAAGCCAAAUUGAACAUCUACGUUGAUCCUUCUUCCCCUCGACCCAUGAAACCAUCUACUGCCCAACUUCCUUCAUCGACCACCAACACCAUUCCUGCAAUUGUAGGCGAGAAGGAUAAGAAAUCCAAGAAACCUAGAAAAGCCUUGGCGGAUUUGUUCGGUUGGGGCAAUCAUCACCAUCACAACAUACAAGCACAAGCCCAAGCCCAGCCUGUAUCUCCUAAACCAGAGAAAACAAGUUUCGCUCCUGCUGUUCCACCGAAAGACAACCCUGCUAUGUUGAAGAAACUUCAAAGACCUCCUUCCACCAAAUCUUCCGCCUCUCAUCUUGUAUCAUUACGACCACCGAUUCAACCUGCGGUCGUAUCGAGACCUUCGAUUGGAGAUGACCCUUUCGUCAGAAAUGGACAAGGUGCAGAGGUAGUCGAGCAUGUCUACAGACAUGGUGCUCGAACGCCUUCGGCCAAGAGUAUCGCUCUUGAUCGACGAGCAAGUGUCUCUUCAGGUAAAGCUAUCUCUCACAAGACCGUAUCCAGCGAUGUAUACAGUACGAAGGAGGUGACUGAGAGAUAUCAACCAAAUAUGACUGGAACUACUAUGGAACAACGACGAGUAUCAGCUCCUCUGACCUCUGCUCCGCUUGUAGAUCUGCCCCCUAGAUCAGCAUCUCUUGGUAAACUUCUCGGAAAUACCAUGGCUGCUCCUCUUCCUCAGCUUCCUGAAUCGCCUAUCGAACCAGAAGAACCCCUUAUCAAAACUCUCAAGAAGGAGAAGACUAAAUCUAGAGUAUGGGGAUUACUCGGUAGAAAUAAGUCAAAGAAGGAGAAAGUAAGAAAUCCGUCAGACGGAAAAGCUCCGGCUCCACCUGCGAAAGAGGCAUGGGCUCGACCAGCGGCUGCUCCAAUUACAACAUCGCUUUCGGCUCAUAUCGAUGAUAAAUACGCUGCUGCUACUAUUAAAUCCAACGUUGGCUCGAUGCGAUCUACAAACUGCCAACGACCCCCAAACCUUCACAUCUCGGCACCAUCUAUGAAUGCGGGCGAACAAAGAUCUCCGCUCACCGCCUCCACCAUGUGUUUCCCUAACUCCGCUAAACGAUCAACAUUUGGUGAUCAAGAGUCUUUGCCCAACAGCACGCCUUCCAAGUACCCUAUCAGCUCUGGGAGAGGAGGUGUCUGGGAAAGCGUCGUCGGUACGGCUGCCACUCGAACUUCCGAUGAAGAACCAUGUCACGCUAUCGAAGCUUUGAUGGGUUCAUCUCGACUUCCCAAGAGGAAAAGCCUCACUGGUCUUUUUGGUGUUAAUAUCAAGAAGAGUUUCGAAAGGAUCAAGCCCUCCUCGCCACCUAGAUCCCAUGCUUCACUCUUCCACCACCAUCGUGUUGAUGCUUCUCCACCUCGAAUCGCUGCUGAACCUACUCUCCGCUCUCUCGCAGAGGAGAUUGAAGAAGCAUCUGAACCGUUCAAGGCAGCCAUCGUGCCUUCCGACAAGUUUAUCAGUCGAUUCUCAGCUCAAGAUGAACCAACAGAGAAGAAAGCUGAAAUCCUUCGGAGAGAUCGUGAGAGAGUCGCAUCGGCCACCGACAAACUGUUCACUCUGGUUUCAUGCCUCGACUUCUCACCUGCAUCCAGCAACAGUCCUACUCUGCACCAUAUGGGAUCACACAACUCCCUCCGAAAACGUCUCAAUGGUAGUCCCACGCCAGUUCGUCGUGUGAGGUCAGCCAUGCUUGCCAACAAAGCUAGUAGCAGCUCUCUUAAACCGCCGUCUGUCAAUGUCAGCCCUCUCAAACUUGCUCUUCACCGUGCUCAAGCUGCCGCCAAUCACCAGAAAGAGUUAGGACCUUCAUCUCCUCCUAGAGAAAGUAUGGUCCGCAAAGGCAUGCGAAAUAUCUUUUCACCUCCUUCACCAUCUCCUGUUCCGCCUAAACAUGGGAAACCUUCGAAACCCGCGGUAGAUGUCAUUGCUGCCAAGGUCACCGAUGAACGGGUCGGUAUGGGUCAGACUAUGGGACUUAACAUCGUACAAGAUCGAACUCAGUCUAUCAAAGGUAGCAUCGCAUCUGAUGUACCAGCCGAUCUGAAAGCGUUCCUGGGAUCUACUGCUGUUCAUGAAGUUGCCUCUUCUCCUGGUAAGACAGCUAUCCUCGGCUUGCCUGCUCCACCACCGAAAGAUCGAGUUCCUGUCCGUCGACCCGGUCCCGCUCCGCCUGCUCUGUCGCUUCCUCCAGUACCGGAUACGCAUCACCCUGAUGACAUAGCUGCAUCCAACUAUUCGCAGACUGACUUUGAUCACAACGAAGAACAUGACCUUAGAGACUCGAUCUUCAGUGACAUGCUUUCUGUCGAUAAUAACGAUCAUCGAAAUACCUUCGAUUUUACCAGUGAAUACGCUUCUCUCCAUCAAGGUGAUCAACGUGCUUCAUUUGUCGAAGCACUCAAGAAAGUCAAUAGCGUUGAACUGUUCUUGCCUGCUGUUGCUCCGCCACUUCCUGCUCUUCCAUCGAACUCCAUUUCGAUCUCCGAAGCUAUACCAUCAUUCCACAUCUCUAAACCUUCUGACAGUACUUCCAUGCAUGACUGUUCUGAAGAUGAGGAUGAAGAUGAAGCCGACGCCGACGCCGAUGACGGGGACGAUGAAGGUUUGGAACACUCCGCUGUGAUUGGUCAAGUAACAGGUUUCGCCAAAACCUCCCCUGUCAGAAGAGAACCAUUUAAAGGUCAAUUUGCAUUUCAACAACAUGUCGCCACUAUGCCUCGUCAGGACAGUCCCGCUUCUUUCGGUGCACCUGAGCCUAUCCUGGCUAUUCCUGAGGUCGCUCCUACCCAUGGACGACGAAGAGGUCACCACCGAGGCGAAUCUGGUCUGAGUAUUGCAACUAUGUCAAGUAUUGGUUCUGUCAUUGGUACCGGUAACGAGCGCGAAUACACCAAUUACUUCGAAGUCAACUUUACAAACCAAAAUGGUCAUUCUCGUCAUCAAUCUAUCACUGAGAACAUUCACGAAGCAUCGGAUGAAAAUUCACCUACUCAGACCUCUAUGUCAAUUGUCAACCAAGUGGGUGCCAGACCUACCACUCGAAGGGGCCACCAUCGUCGAAACUCGUCUAUCGUAUCUGUUGAUUCACUCAGCGAGACUAUUGGCCACACCUUCUCCGUCGGUCCUCCUAUCAGCUCUCGCAACAGUCGUUAUGGAUAUAUCAGCAAACACCGCCGAAACGCUUCUGGAGAAAGUACCUUUGGUCGACCUGACUGGGCGGCUCAUCGACGAAACUUCUCAUCCAUGUCUACUAGUUCUAACUUCUCGAUAUCGCAGAUCGUAAGACCUGGUCUAGGUGAGAGGAUGUUCCAGCUCGAUGGUGGUGUUCAAUUGACCUCUAUAACCGGAUCACCACCUGAUGAAACGUCCGAUUCCAGACAUGUUCGAAAAUCGUCUUGGGAUAGUCUGUUCGAUGGUACCAAAAGUAGAGUUGACGAUUCAUUAUUCGAUUAUUCCCGCCAACACCAAUCCCGAGAUUCCAUCUUUGAUUCUGAUAGCUCCUUCAACCGAUCUUCUGCAGAUGGCGAUUCGUUAUUCGGACCCGAACCAACAUCGGCAAAGAACAACUUUUUCCUCAAGGGCCUUCGACCCAUAUCGACUGUCAGUACAGCUACGAGUGUUUCCAACGGCGAUGAUACUUUCCACCACGUUCAGAAAUACAUGCAGAACGUGGUCACUCCGGUCAAAGCUAUGGCUAAGGAGAUUGAAUCUUGUUUGGAAGCUGACGGCGAGGACAUGUCCAACAUGACUCCUUUCGGAAAAAUGAAACCGAAAGCCAACAGUGGACGUCAAAUGCUCGGUUCAUCCAUCUCUCGACCUCAGAGACCUGGAAGAAGAAGACCUGCUCGACUGAUCAUCGCUGAACCACCUAUUGACACUCCUGGUCUUACUUCUCCUUCAGCAUCUGAGACGUCCAGUCGACUCUCUCUCGACACUAAUGCAGCUUCGAUUAAUCUUGGUAGACGUACCAGACCGACCGGUGCUGGUCACUAUCGACAAAAGUCCUCUGCUGGCGUCAAUGUCGACGCGACCAUCCAUGAGAUGCCCUCUAUGGCUACUCUUCGAGCCAACAAAUCCGCUGCAAGUCCAAGACCACACAGUCUAAUCUCGCGAGAGCCUACCAUCGUGGGUGUAGACGAUUUGGGAGGGGACGAGGAAUUUGACAGGAUGAAAUCUGUCAGAAACUGGGUCGAAUGGGAGAGAGAAGCUGUUGAUGAGUUCAGGAAAACCAAAAAUUGCUGGAGAGAUAGUGAAGAGUCUAAACAUGCUUUAGAAGACUGGAAAAUGCCCUCCACUACUGAGGAGAUCGCUGCAUUUCUCGCUCAAUCCACUCAAGCAUACAAACCUUUAAAUCAAUUACCAUUAGGUAAGAUCGCUCAUCGACGUAAAUCCUCUUUGAGCGAUUCCAGAGGAUUGUGUUCACCUUACGGCUUACCUUUACCUCGACCUGAACCUUUGGUUAACAAACCGAAGAUGUCUUUGACUACGAAAUAUGAAAAGAAGAAUUCGACAUCUUCGACCGUAUCAGCUUCUUCUGCAUUCGCAUUCGCUUUCCCAUUCCCUGAUGAUGUACCUGAAGCGCCUUGUGCACUUGCUCAACCCAUCUCGUCAGUAUUCGCUCAGUUCGUUACUGAUAACUCCACUCGUACUCCGUCUUCACCGCCGUCUGCUGGAAUAGAGGCCAAACCUGCUGUUCGAUUUCAGUGGAAUUUGCCCUCAACCUCGACUUCAACAGUGGAUCAUUUCGGAAUCAAGAAGUUCCUUGAAACCGACAACGGUGAUACUGCUAAAGAAGAUGAUAAGAAGAGGAAUAGAGUGACUAGUACAGCUAGAAGACAGGCAUUGGGAUGGGGUAGGAGAAGGAAUUCCGAUGGACCUGAAAAGACAAUUGGCUUAGGCUAUAACGGAUAUGAUGCUGUACCUAUGCCCAAUACGGCUGUACCUCUACAGAUGAAGACUACCAACUAUCCGGUGAAAUCGAAGAAUAGCAAAUCGGAGAUGAUGAAAGAUAAGAGAAAACAGAAGAUGAAUAUAUUUGGUGAUCCGGUUUCUUUCUCUUCGAAUUCGAAUAACGACGGGACAAAGAAGGACAUCUUUGUGGGUGGUGCAAAAGGUCAGGAGAAUGAUAAAAUGAAUAGACAAAGCUCGAAAAGUAAAUUAAUUGCUAAGACUCGAUCUCCUGCCAAGAAGAGGACGCUGAGACAGGUGGCCAGUACACCUAGAACUCUGAGGGUAUGA